CAGCCGAAGAAUAGGGGGUUUAAAGGGGGCAUCCAAAUAUGCAGCUAGAAUUAAAUUAUCAAUAGUGUGGCAUAAUACCUUCGUAUCAAACUCUUUGUCACUACAUAUUAGAACAUUUAAAUGAACAGUUGAGUAUUUUUCUUCGUCGGAUUGAAUACCAUAAUCUCUGACCGCCGUGGCAUUGCCGAUAACACUGUUAAAGAUUUAGAGUGUUCAGCCAAGCCGGCCUAUAUCUAUUCACGCCGCCAACAAGAUAAACAGCACUCUGGAAGCUAGUCCUUUUUUAUGUACAUAAAAGGGUUUUAAUUGAAAAUUUGUAGAAAGUCUGUAGUUUCUGUUGGCGGCAUAACACCCCGGAAUCCCCCUGCGUGUCUACCUGUUUGCGUUUCUACCUGUAGGCCACCAACAAUCAAUACACUCCAGCCGAAAAUCAAUUCUGUGGAGUUUACUUUAAAACGGUAAAAAAGUGACCCAUCAGUUAUUGUACCGACGAGCACCUGUUAGAGACCCGGUCAACAAAGUCAUGGAGAGGAGGGACAAGGCGUGGAUCUAAAGUGUGGAGAUGAUGAAGUAGACGAUGGCGACGAGUGAUGAUGAGAUAGAAGAAGUGAUAGACGACGCGUCUGUUGUCUCCGGAGAUGACUUGUCAUUGUUUGAAGAAGUCGACAUCGAGGUUGCAUUUGAAGGGGACGUGGAAAACAGCGAUGAUGAAAGCGCAGUAAGGACCAAGAAGAAAAAAUUAACGACGCACACUCUAGCCGUGGAUAGAAAUGUCGAUCAGAGUGAAGACGAAGAUAAUAUAGACACCGAGAAAGAUUCCCGGCGUAACUCACGUAGAAAAGGGUCGGAAAAGAUCGGAGAUACGGAGAAACCCGAAGGUCAACAAGAGAGCGACGAAGAAAAAGAAAAAGUUUCUUCCAAUCUUGUGAAUGAGGAUAAAUUAGAAGAAGCAGCUGAGAACAAAGUUCGCAUCAUCAUAGAGCAAUGCGAGACGCCAGCAAAGGAAGAUGACGAAGAAGGCAAGAUAAACAUUCCUAGGGAGGAAGAAGCUAAAACGGAACAGCCGAAACUGAAAUGGCAUCAGAGAUAUGCUCUACAGAAAAGGAAAAAGUGGCUGUGGCCCCGAAAAAAGAGAGAAGUCAACGAAGAGGAAGGAGAUGAGAAUGAAGAGGAAAAGGAAGACGAAGAUGGAGGAGUAAAACAGAUGGGGGUCGAGAAAGAGGAAACAAAGAUAGAAGAAGAGGAAGAUACAGAAAUGACACAUGAGGAGAAAGAGGACAUGUAUAAUGCUGUCAGAAAUGGCGAAUAUCUCCUUUUCCAAGAUCUGCUGGACAAAAAGAACGCUGACAUAAACAUGCUCUGGUACAGAGAAAAUUUGCUUAUGGUAGCGAUGCGCGCGCAGCAGAUGGAAAUGGUAGAAUUUCUAAUUGACAAUGGCAUUGACUACAACUACGAAACAACACUUUUGGAUUUGAAAGAUCGAGAGAAGACAGGUAAACGCUUGUUUCAGUACAAACUGUCGUGUCGACAAAUGGCUUAUGAACUGGAUCUCUUGAACGUGGUUGAAAUGAUUGACGUGAAAAACAACCAAAUUCACAAGUACUACAAAAUAACCCCUCGUGUUCCGCGAAUGCGCCGUCCUCCUGCUCCCACACCCCCAUGUUUGAUGUACAGUGACGAGGAAGAUGAGGAUGAGGCGGAACUAUUGGCAGGAGGGGAUAGUGAUCUGUUAUCGAGUACUUCCCAGCUGGCGGAAACUAGCGAGUCCAAAACAGAACAAGGUCAAUCAAAAACGGAGGUCAGCGAAGACAAAAGUGCAGACAGGAGGGUAGAACUUACGGAGGAGCGAGUUGCUGAAUUAGAAAUCACGGAUGACAUAUACGAGACGCCUUCCCCUUGUCCUAACAAUGUGGUAUUCAACAAAUACGAAUUAGUCGAGGAAAGACCUGGUCUUCUCCGACGCGGAACAAAGUCAUCCAUUGGACUACAACAGUACAAUGAUAUCAAAUACAGACACCAUGCAUAUUCGAAAAGUGCACACGCCACAGGUGUUGUUGAUACAGUAGGGAGUUAUGCUUGGGAAAGCAGACGUUGGCGACCAGUCAAAAGUGCUUCUGUUGAUAAACAGUCGGAGCAGAGCAUUCCUUUUGUUGCCCGGAUGUCUUCUUGUCAAGCACACACGAAAUCACAGACUUCACAUUCGACAUCACAUCCGUCAAGAAAACAGAGAUACUCUCGGCCGAGGCCUUUGUCCUCGCCAGCCUCGUUUUCAGUAGAAAUUCAAAACAUCUUGGGACAGAGUCGUUUGCUUCGGACAGAACCAGCAUUACCGUAUAUCAAACCUCCGAACAGAGGCUCACGAUCACAGUCCGCUAAAGCGAUAACUCCUUGGUGCCACAGUAACUCAUCUGCUGUAUUUGAACGCUUAUCAAAUACCAAAAUACACAAUAAAAUACAAAAUCCCAGAUUUUUUGUGAACAGACAAAUAAGUUUACGGACGAAUCGCUGAAUGUAUGAUGACAUCAUCAUAUAAUUUGUUCUCUCUGAAAAACUCUGUUUAUUCUGAGGGAUGAGAAUGUUUGCUCUUGUACAAGUGUUAGGCACCAGUAUGAUAACUCUUCCUUUGUGUUGUGAAUUUCCAUUUAUGGCGUCAUUAUUCAAUGUGAUUUUAAUAUACGUUAUGUAAAAUAUAAUUAUUUUUUUCACGGUGCUACUUCAGCUGUUAAUCCAGAACUAUAUUUGACCAUCAUGCACAUGUUUU